AUGAUCUCAGCACAAGUUAGACUACUUAUCCUAAAAGAAUCAGACGUGGAAGAACGACAUUUCAUCCUUGCACAAAUAGCUGCAUUACAAAAGGAAAUGGAACAGCAAUUAUUUUUCUACAAUAUUAUGUCGAGAUAUGAUGAAGUACCACAAUUUCGGAAUUGGAUAGAAAAGCAAGACACAACUUAUGGACCGUUAUAUGCAAGGACAUUCAAACGAUGGCAAGAUGAAUUAAGAUGGAGACCCGACCUGUUGUAUCCAUCCUAUCUUCAGCAUCAGCCAAUUUCUCCGCUGUAUCUGAGACUUCCAUCACCUUACACGAUCAUAUUUUCUGGUGGUUCACAAAAUCGACCUAGUUUAGAUUAUAGAUUACCAGGUGAAAAUGCAGUAAGAAAUUUCAAUACGUCAUUUCUCCAUAAUCUAUCGCCACUUGUUCCUCCAAAUUUAAUGGAUUUAAGGCUACCAAUGCCACCAGUACAACUUCCACAGUUUUCUGCUAAUUUUCAAUUACCAUUACAGUUUCCUUCUUCCUCGAAGACUGAAAAUGCAUAA